AUGAAUCCUUCCAACCCGCCUCAAGCUGCCGAGUAUGGUGGAGAUGAAGUCUCCGCCAUUGUCCUCGACCCGGGCUACUCCACCACUCGCGCUGGCUUCGCCGGUGAAGAUGCUCCCAAAUCCCUGAUUCCAACAUACUACGGCAAAUACAGCGCCGACGGCCAAGAGAAGCUCAUCUACGGUGAUGAUAUCUUUGUGACUCCACGGCCCGGUCUGUCCAUCCACAACCCCAUCGGCAAGGAUGGCAUCGUCGAAGAUUGGGAUAUGGCCGAGAAGGUCUGGGAGUACUCCUUUACCUCGCGACUCACGGGUGCGAAGCCUGGUAACCCCUUUCACAAUGGUCUGAACGACAUCCCCGCCGAAGAGCUCCCUACAGAGAUGGAGGUUGAAUUGGAAGAGAAGCCCCUCGCGGAUAGCCCGCUGCUCAUGACCGAGCCCGCAUGGAAUCCGGCCAAAGCUCGUGAGAAGACCAUCGAAAUUGCGAUGGAGAAAUGGGGCACGCCUGCAUUUUACCUGGCGCGUAAUGGUGUCCUCGCGGCCUUCGCAUCCGGCAAAGCCUCUGGUCUGGUCGUCGACAUUGGCGCCUCCAACAUCUCCAUCACCCCAGUGCACGACGGUAUGAUCCUCAAACGCGGUGUACAGCACUCCCCUCUCGGUGGCGACUACAUCUCGUCUCAAAUUCGCGCCCUGUUUCAAAAGAACUCCCCGCAACCCAUCACCGUCACCCCCCACUACCUGAUCAGCUCCAAGACUGCCGUCGAAGCUGGCCAGCCACCCCAGGCCAAGUACAGGACCUUCGCCGCCGACAAGGCCCCCGACGCGUCCUACCGGGCCCUCCUCGAGGAGCGCACCUUGUCCGAGUUCAAAGAGUGCGUCGUCCAGGUCUGGCCAGGACCCAACAGGCUCUCCGCGACCGCACCCAGCGGUGCACCAAACGAAGAAUUGGCCCGCUCGCAUCCCCCGCGCCCCUUCGAAUUCCCAGACGGCUACAACCAAGUCUUCGGCAUCGACCGCUUCCGCGUCGUCGAAUCCCUCUUCGACGUCAAGGCUGCCAUCCCGGAUCCCGACUCGCCCGUCCCCGCCCCAACACAGGCGCAGACCAUCCCAGAACUGAUCAAGGCUUCCCUGGGCGGCGUCGACGUCGAUAUCCGUCCUCACCUCCUAGCCAACGUUGUCGUCACGGGUGGAUCUAGCCUUUUGUACGGAUUCACGGAUCGUCUGAACCACGAGUUGAUGCAGCUCUUCCCUGGUCCGCGCGUGCGUAUCUCCGCUCCCGGAAAUACCGCGGAGCGUCGCUUUGGCUCGUGGAUUGGUGGUAGUAUCCUGGCUAGUCUGGGUACUUUCCAUCAGAUGUGGAUCUCGAAGAAGGAAUAUGAGGAGCAUGGCGCGAACAUUGUUGAGAAACGAUGCAAAUAA